AUGCAAAGUGGAGCAGGAAGAGAGAAAACAUACAGUGAGAGGAAGGACUGGGGAGAUAAUGGGGUCUACGUGAUAACUGAAAGGGAGAAAGUUUCAGUUUUGAUAGUAGGAACUAAGUCUGUACAAGUAGUGGACCUGGAAUGGCUUACCAAAGAGAGUGGUGGAACAUACCAGGGGCAGUGGAUUGGAGGGAUGCGUCAUGGAUAUGGAAUCCGAAAGAGUGUCCCAUAUGGAAUGGCUGCUGUUAUUUGGUCUCCACUAAGGACAUCAAUAAACUCCUUGAGAAGUGAGCACAGUAAUGGUACAGCUCUGCACCAUGACACAUCACCAGGUUCAGCAGGGAGCCCUGUUGUUUCACGAGGUGGUUUUGUUCUGACAACACAUAGUGAUGCUGAACUCCUUAAGAACAAAAAGAAAGGGAUCUUCAAACGUUCCCUCCUGAGUGGUCUCAAACUGCGUAAAUCAGAAUCUAAAAGCUCCUUGGCUAGCCAGAGGAGCAAGCAGAGCUCCUUCCGGAGUGAGGCAGGUGUAAGUACGGUCAGCUCUACAGCCAGUGACAUCAACUCAACCAUCAGCCUUGGAGAGGGGGAGACAGAUCUCUCUGUUAUUGAAGAUGAUAUUGAUGCCACUACAACAGAGACGUACCUUGGAGAGUGGAGGAAUGAUAAGCGAACAGGCUUUGGAGUGAGCCAGCGUUCUGAUGGACUCAAGUAUGAAGGGGAAUGGGUAGGCAAUAAAAGACAUGGUUAUGGAUGCAUGACCUUUCCAGAUGGGACCAAAGAGGAAGGGAAAUAUAAACAGAAUGUCCUAGUAAGUGGAAAGAGAAAGAACUUAAUACCACUGAGGGCAAGCAAAAUCCGAGAAAAGGUUGAUCGGGCAAAAGAGGCAGCUGAGAGAGCAGCUGCAAUUGCAAAACAGAAAGCAGAAAUUGCUGCUUCCAGAACGGCUCAUGCCAGAUCAAAGUCAGAAUCAGCCGUAGCAGCAGCACAGAAAGCACAGGAGGAGGCCCGCCUGGCUAGGAUCACUGCCAAAGAAUACUCCCCUUCCUUCCAGCACCACAGAAAUGGGUUUGAUUGCAAGAGGCCAAAACAUCAGCAUUCAAGUGGCAAUGACAUUGAACUAAUUGGGACAGGGACACCACCUCAGCAGGAAAGCCCAGAGCUGUACAGGAAAGGAACAACCCCUUCAGACUUUACACCAGAUGAAAGCUCAGCAGAAAGUCGCUCAGACAGUCCCCUAACAGCACCUCCUCCUGUUUCUUGCAGAAACAAAAGCACUCAUUUCUCUAGACAAGUAAGUGGAGAUGGGGACAGGAGCUAUGAAAUUCAAGUGCUGAUGGAAGGAAGAGGAGGAGGGGGGGACAUUUUACAUGGAAACAACUGGUGUGAUGACAGGCCACAUGGGCGUAGUGGUAGCAGAGGUGGUAAAGGUGGAAUCCAACGUGGUGACCCUGAAUCUUCUUCCCAAGAUGACCACAGAGGGAGAAUAGGUAGCCACAAGCAUUCAACCUCCAAUCACAGGCUGAAAGAAAAGUGGACAGACACCUCUGCUACUGUUUCCUGGACCUCUCAGUGGUCCCACAACCACAGUUUGGGGAACUCCAGACUACUAGAGCAAGAGGAUGAAAAACUGAGCAAUUAUGGGAUGGAAAUGAAACCUCUUAAACGCAUGGAUGCAUAUAUGCAAAAAACUCACCCUUCUAAAAAACACUGCAGCAACAUGGACUCUAGGAGUCCAGCUAGGGACCAUCGUGUGGACAUUCAUGGAUAUAGUGUCCAAAGAAUGAGACCCAAGUCUCAGAGCAGAGAGACGUUUAGGCCAGCUUGUCCCACUGAACCAACUGUGCAGAAACUAGAAAAUUUAAGGUUUGGUGGGAAAGGGGAGCCCAGGCCUUUGAGGCGAGACUUAACCCUUUCUCCACCGCAGAAAUCCGUACCUGUUGCACUAGAGUCUGAAGAAGAAACUACAGUUGAACAGAAAACAACAUCUGCUUCCAGUUUCAUUCUUGUCAUGAUGGUUAUCUUUCUAAACAUCGGAGUUGCUAUUUUGUUUGUUCACUUUUUUAUUUGAAAAACAACCACUGAACAGAUUUCAAAGUAAAGACCAUAUCAAAGAUAAAUAGGUAAAGGGAAACAACAUACCAGACUCAACACUGGAUGACUUUUCUCUUCUAUUUUAUUGUCUUCUGUAUGAGAAGAACAAGAAAAGGAACAAAUCCCACAUUGAUGCACACAGCAGCACAGGCAUGCAUGCAGUUUUCCUUUUUUCGAUGCAUAUCUUUUUUCUGUUUUUGUUUUUCUGAUGAUUUUACCCACAGAUAUUUGCUUGAAUUACAGCUAAUAUAUUUUUCAGCAUGACUGAAGUGACAUCAUACAGUAUAUUCCAAACUCAUUGAACAUGUCUCAAGUCCCAGUACUGAAUGGGACACUCUCUUUAAGCCAAGAUUUUGUGAUGCAUCAGUCAGUCGAAGAGCAGGAAAUCCCUUUGGUUGGGGGGAUUCCUAUGGUUGGAACCCCAUAAUGAAGUUUUGGGACAGUUGCUGUUGUAUCAGCUCAUCAACAAAAGUUAUACCAUUCACUCCUAAAUCUUAAUUCUCCUGAAUAAUAUAGAAUCCCUUAUCAAAGGUUUUCUGUAAUUAAAAAUAGUACCAUAGAUAUUGUUUAAAUUAGAAACCAUCAGAAAAAUAUUUUUUUGUUUAUUUUAAUUCCUUUUUUGUUUAAAACUAAUGAGAUGUUCAUGUAAAUGUGGAUCUUUGUCCCUCUUAUGCAACUGUUUCUAUAUUAAUUUUGCCUCCUUACAAGCAAACAAAAAAAAAAAUAAGGGUGAAGGGAUGACUGCAAUCCUUACCUAAGAUCUGGGACUGUAUUUCAUUUUUACAGGGGAGCAUAAUAAUGGGUUCAUGUAGCCACAGAAUUGGGCUAUGCUGAGCUGCUAACAGAAGAUGAGAAUUUCAGCUGUGACUGGCCAAGAAAAAAUAUUAAAAAAGGGAUCGAGCCAUUCUGCUGAAGUAUAGCCCCGCAUAUUGUCUAGAUACCAACUAACUGACAUGGAUUAGAGCAUAAGCAUAAAAUCUCAGUAAUUAGCAGUGUCUAUAAACAUGCUGUAGAGUAUGGAGAUUGAAAAAGAACACAAUUAGUGGUGGGGAGAAAGCAUAUGUUACAAAGUACUCAGUGACAGAUCACUGAUCAGUAGUGUAAGAAGAAGCCCAUAACUGCUGACACAUUGCAAUGAUCAGUGAUGAAACAAAAACGCAUUAGCUGUACACAUGCUACAUAGUACUAAGGGGAAGGUAAACAGUGAUGGAACAGAAACACAGUAGUUUUAUCUGUACUACAUGGUACUAGAGGGAAGGUGAUCAGUGAUGGAACAGGAAAACAGUAGCUGCACAUGUGGUACAUGAUACUAAAGUAAAUGUGGUAAGUGAUAAAACAAACACACUGGCUGUACAUAUGAUACAUUGUACUUGACAGAAGAUAAUCAGUGAUGGAAAAUAAAUGCAGUAGCUGCACACAUGCUACAUUUUACUACAGGGAAGGUAAUUUGUGAUGUAACAGGAACACAGUAGCUGUACAUGUACUACAUGGUACUAGACAGAAGGUGAUCAAUGAUGUAACAUGAAUACUGUAACUGUACAUGUGUUACAUGGUACUAGAAAGAAGGUGAUCAGUGAUGUAACAGGAACACAGUAGCUGUACAUGUCUUACAGGGUAUCGGACGGUGACCACUGAUGUAACAGGAACACAGUAGCUGUACUUGUGUUACAUGGUACGAGAAGGAAGGUGAUCAGUGAUAUAAGAGGAAAGCUGUAGCUGUACAUGUGUUACAUGGUACUAGAAGGGAGGUGAUCAGUGAUGUAGCAGGAACACAGUAACUGUAUAUGUGUUACAUGGUACUAAAAGAAAAGUGAUCAGUGAUGUAACAGGAACAUAGUAGCUGUACAUGUGCUAAAUGAUACUAGAAGGAAGGUGAUCAGUAAUGUAACAAGAACAUAGUAGCUGUGCAUGUGUUGCAUGAUACAAGAGGCCUUAAGAUCAGUGAUGAAGCAGGGAAGAUGUAGCUGUACACAUAUUACAUUACACUACAUGGAAGGAGAACCAACAAGGAACACAAACAUGACAGUUGUUUGUGUGCUACAGAGUUCUAGAAGGAAGGUAAUGAGUGACAUAACAGAAACGCAAUAACUGUACAAAUACUACAUGGUAGUAGAAGGUAGGUGAUCAGCAUUGUACAAGAAACACACUAGGUGUGCAUGUGAAACAUGAUAUUUAUUGUGGCAAGUAAUAUGAUUGGUGAUGGAAUAGGAACAUUGCACUAGACAGUGCAUAGCCUAAAGAAAUGACAAUUAAACUUUUAGACUUCAUGGAGUACUUUGUGUACUACACAGUUUAAGAACUACUAAACACUACCACAGCAAGCACACAGUAGUACCUCUGCAGCUUGAUAAUAAAGUGGUGUUGCUUUAUGUGAGGUAAGUCUUCCACUGUUUGCUGCAUAACAUGAGUUUCCCUUAUUUACUGCAUGAGUUUUGGCACAUCAUAUGUGUGCUUAACAUAAAGUUUCAGAUACAGAGUUUUGAUGAAAGGCAGACUCUGACAAUGGCAGUGCUCUUACAUGUCUCCCAAGUUACAAAGAUUGAAGGAUAAUGAGAAAAAUGCUGGGGAACAUAAUGUAUCAACAUAUGGCUGUUAAAACUUUCUAAUAAGACUUUUCCUGCCUUCAGGAUUUGUCACUGAAGUCAUAUGUAUAUCUAUAGGAUGAUUAUUCCUUAAGACCUAUAUUACUGUCAUUGCUGCUGUCUGUUGUGGUGUGCUAGCACUCUGCUUGUGGCAGGAAAGCUUCAGUAGUGUCAGCUCUCAGUCUGAGCAGUACACGUUCAAACAAAGUACGCUGCAGUCAGGUGAACCAUUGUGGAUGUAGAUUUUUUUAGAGUUUUUUUCUAGAAAACACUUAUGCUAGGAGAAUGACAGCAUCAGCAGUUUAGUGCUGGGCUGUGAAACAGGCAUAAGAGUAAGAGAAGAGGCCACAGCAGGAAUAUGGAAGUCAUAGUCCAAUUUUCAGAAGGCAAUAGCAAGUUUGUACCUUAUGGUGUAUUUGCAGUACUGGUAUCCUUAAAAGAAAAUGUGAAUUUGCUGCCAACGCUGGUAAUGAAACAUUCAAGAAGGAAGCAAUAUUUUUUUUUUAAGUGCAGAGAGUGGGCAGGAGGAAUGACGUAGAAGAAGAAAUUAUUGCACUUAAAACAGCAGUUGGCAUACAAUGAGAAAAGAAAAGACUAAACAAAAAUGUGCUUGAAAGGAAAUAUGAAGAGGAUUAGAAGGUGGAAAGUAAUAGAAGAGCGUUUACAGUAGCAUAUUUGAACACUUGGCAAGUUUCAGAAUAAAAUAGAACAGAAUGGCUAGAAGUCAGAAGAAGAAAACAAAAGAUAGAAGGGGGAUUUGAAUAACUAGGUCGGUUUGAAGAGGGAAAAAGUGUCUUUCUGUCCCUUUGUAGAGGCAUUAAUACAUUUCAAUGAAAAGACAAAUCAUGUCUUUUCCAGGUGACAAUCUAUAUCUGUACUUGUAGAGAUACAUAACCAAACAGGCACUUUUGCAGACUGUAUCAUUCAGGUAAAAGUAACAUGAUAUACCUCAAACCAUGAGGAAAAUUUACCUUUGUCAAGUCAGAGUUGGUAAAAUGAUAAAACAAGCACUAGGUACUAGGUUAAAUGACCCCUAUCUAAUAUAUAGUGUUGUACUGUGUAAAGAAUUUACAUUAGUUAGUAAGUCACUGUCUAAAUAACCUAUUUUUAAACAAAAAGCAACUAUGUCAAGUAAUUGUGUUAAUGAUAAAGAAUACAUCAUUAACAUGCCUCUCAACCUCUUAGUGCAAGAAUUCUGGACAAAGCCAAAAAUAAUGGAGGGACAAAGGCUUAAAAUCAGAACAGGGGCAUUAUUUAAAUAUUGCUCUUAUAAAUUUAGAAAGCUGAUAUGAUAACAGGUUUUGCAUUUGUGUGAAUUUUAAAGGAUAAGAAGUCUGAAAAUCAAUUAUUUGUCAUUAUUUGGAGAGGUCAGUCCUUAAAGAUUUGUCAAGAACCCACAAAUUUUAAGAGGUAAAGACCAAAAAUAUGAGGCAGAAAUUUGGUCAUUCUGCAAAAUUCUGGACAGUUGAGAAGUAUGAUCAUUAAUGUUUUAGUGAGGAUUUAUAAUGUUUGUUUGACUCAAGAAAUUAAUAUCAAAUUGAUGAAAUUUAUAUUUGUACUUUGGCUCAUAUCUCAUGCAAGAAUGUCUUGAUCCUUCAGAACAUGUUGUGAUAAAUUGGCUGGACUUGGAUUUUAUACAUCAAACUAAAGGUUAGACAUUGUCAGUGCUAUUCAGUUACAUAAACUGUAACAUCUGAGUUAUUUGAAUGUGCUAGCCUUUGUUUUGUAUUUGAAAAAACAUACUUAACAUUACACAAGUGAAAGUGUGACAAACUUCAGGUGAGACUUUCAGGAGAUGUCAGUUUCUAGGCAGAGACAUGGAAUCUGCAUUUUUUUUUUCAAAAUGUUUUUAUUCAUUUCAUAACACAAUAACUUAACAGUAUAG